AUGGACCAAGACAUUGGAAGUAAUGAUUAUCCACAUCCGGGAAUUGAACAACGGCCGGUUCGAUUGGGUGAAAUUCACGAAGGAGGCCUUACCCCGCAGGAAACUCCUUCAGGAAGAUGUGUGAUCCGUGGGUCUCGAUGUGGGGAUGGUGUUGAUGAUAGUAUUGAGCUUCAGUCUCCAUUUGGUUCAUGUGCAGGUAGUUCAGAUUUGUCAUUUUUGACUCCAAUCCGUAACUCAAACAGUAGCAACGUUGACGAUAAUUUAUUUGGUAUAAGCCCUCAGAGUUGUUCCACUACGUUAAUUUGUGGUUCAUCAAUACAAUCCUCUAACGUAACCCCUGUAAGGAGGAAUGGUAAUAACAUGACCAUAUCAGAGGGUGAUGGUAUAUUUUUCACUCCCGAACAUGUUAAAAGUGGGGGUACCCUUUAUGCUGCUACCACCAAUGAGGAAAUAAUUCCACCACCCACUGUGGGGCUUAUAUUUGGGAGUUGGCAGGAGGUUGAAGAAUACUAUAAGGGGUAUGCAAAACAGCAGGGAUUUGGUGUAUGUAGACCACAAGGUACACAAAAUAAAAACAAGAUUCUGACGGGUGCAACAUGGAGGUGUGAGUGUUAUGGUUCUCCUUAUAUGAGACAGACGAGGGAGGCGAAGAAGAGGGUUAAGAAUAUGCAGUUGGGUGGCACCUUAGUACCAGAGCCACCCCCAAGAAUGAACCGGAAGUCAAAGAAGUGUCAUUGUCUUGCAAUGUUGAGAGCUAGUGUUAAUGGGGUGGGUGAGUGGGAAGUAAAGAGAGUUGUACUGGAACAUGUUAAUCACCAGCCAACUCCCAGCAAGUGGAGGGGAGUGAAGGAGUAUAGGAUGGGUCAUGUUACACAACAUUUUAAGCAAGGUUUAAUUACGAGUUAUGAUUCGGGAGCUCCAGUGUCACAAGUUAGGGCAAAUCUUGCCGAACGUUUGGGUGGGAUUGAAAAUGUAGUCUUAUCUGAAAAAGACAUGAAUCACAUAGUUCAAACCGAUCGAAAGUUGAAAAUGGAAGGCGGGGAUGCGAAUGCAAUGAUGGCCUAUUUUGAGGGGUUACAAAAGGACAAUGACAAAUUCUACCACGCUCAUAGGCUUGAUCAGGGAGGUCAUCUAAAGGACAUUAUGUGGGUUGAUGCUAGGAGCCGUGUAGCCUUUAGUGACUUUGGGGAGGUUGUAUGCUUCGAUGCCACGUACCUAACCAACUCGUAUGAGCUACCUUUUGCAAAUUUCGUAGGGGUGAAUCAUCAUGGACAUUCACUGUUGCUAGGCUGCGCAUUGAUGUCCCGUGAAGAUUGCGAUAGUUUUAGUUGGUUGUUUAAGCAGUGGCGUAUUUGCAUGGGUGGUAGAUGUCCUGCCGCAAUUUUAACUGACCAGGCACCAGCAAUGAGACGUCCCUUGCAAGAAGUGAUUCCUGAGGCCCGUCAUCGUUGGUGCUUGUGGCACAUAAUGAAUAAAAUUCCUACGAAGCUUGGUACUCAUAGCCGGUAUGCAGAGUUGAAAGAUGUGGUGAAAGAGGUUGUGUAUGAGUGUUUAUGCGUAGAGGAGUUUGAGAGUAGGUGGUCUAGUAUGUUACUUGAAUAUGAUGUUAAAGAUCAUGCCAAGAGUAAUGAUUGGCUCGGUGAUAUGUAUGAGGAAAGGAAAAUGUGGGUGCCUGCAUAUAUGAACAAUUAUUUUUGGGCCGGAAUGAAGACAACGCAACGCGUAGAGUCAAUAAACUCUUUUUUUGAUGGUUUUUUGGAGAGGAGCACUAAGUUGUUUGAGUUUCCUAAAAAGUAUUGUGCAGCUAUGAAUAAAAGGUGUAGUGAUGAAAAAGAUGCGGAUGCUAAUGGUAUGAAAUAUAUCCGUAAACUGGUGACUGGAUUUCCCAUUGAGAAAGUAUUCCAAAAAAUUUACACCGACAACAAGUUUAGAGAUCUCCAAAGAGAAUGCGAGAGGCUUUUGUAUUGUGAGGUAAAGGUUGAGAAAAAGAUUUCUGAGACAGAGUUUGAAUAUAAUUUGGAGGACCGGGUGUGGAUAAUUGUGAAAGGGAAAAGUGAAGAGGUUUUGACGAAGUAUAGGAAAUUAUACGGAGUUAAGUUUCGUACUGAUCCAAUAGAAGUAUCGUGUGUGUGUAAGAUGUUUGAGACUAAGGGUAUUCUAUGUAGGCAUUGUAUUCGUGUCUUAUAUACUAACAACGUUGAUGAUGUUCCUGAAAGAUACAUCCUUAGGCGAUGGCGGAAGGACGUAUAUCGGAAGCACAUGCAUGUUACGGUUGCUUCAUAUGAUCCCACAAAGAGCGAGGUUGUUAAAAGGUUUGAUAAAAUGUUGUUACAAUGUGAGCCAAUAUGCGAGGAAGCAACAAUCAAUGAUCAAACAAUGCAGUUUGUAUUGAAUGAAUUGCAAACCCUCCAGUUAGCUGUUACCGAGAGGGUUAACGUUGUGAAACAAAAUCAAAAAUUUUUGCCAUUAGAAUCACUACCAUUUCAAGAUCAAGUGGACACCACAGAAGGAAAUAUUAAGAACCCUCUAAGUAGGAGUAAGAAGAAACGUGGGAGGCCAAUAAUAUCAAGACACAAGGCUUUGGGUGAGAAUAAUUGUUGGAAGACCAAAAAAAAGGGUACGAAUAAGGUGAAUGCUGAUCCGAACGGAACUGAUGUUGAAGGACCCUUAGAGGGCGUGUCGAGUGUAGACGGAACGAACCCGGGCAUUAGCUUGGUGGAACAGUCCCUGAACGAGGAUAUACGAUCCAUUUCCGCCUUUCCGGAUGAUGAUAUACUAUUAAGUCGCAACAGCAUUGUGUGGUGCGAUGAUGUUGUACUUGAAGGCCAAUUUGGUAUUACACGUGAGUAA